UUAUAGUGCUAUUAUAUUCACCUAACCUUGGACUUGUUUUGACAGCAUGUCAGACAUCUAAUUAUAACUACAAAAAAAUUAACUCUCCUUGAUUCCUUACCAAAACUGAGAUCUAUGGGAACAUUUUAAUCCAAUCGUUUGUUCACAAGUUUAGGAAUUGUAAGAUGGCUUUUAGAGAGAUAUUCAAGCGGUUGUGUAGCUUACGAUUUGGGGUGAGUCGUUAGAGACAAUUCCGAAUUCCGAGAAAUGCAAUGAAGCAUGACCUAUUUUCUUGGUAUAUGAACAAAAAUAGAGACAGUUACGUAAGUUCACUCUUGCGUUGUUUCGGUGUUUUGUUUUUUUUUCAAAAUUUAUGCUUACCACCGUUGCAAAUGAUUUUUGGCGGCCAUUUCGCAACUGAUCACUUACUGGCUACCUCGCGGCGUCAGUCAUGGAAACUAAACCCUUGAUUUCCAACCUUCAAAAUCUUCGCACGGAAGUAACUUGUCCAAAGUGCAAAGCUCUAUAUGCUGAGCCAAAAAGGCUGCCAUGUGAUCACAGCUUUUGCACGCGUUGUUUAGAAGAUACUCUACAAUCAAGUGACCGCCAUGAUACCUUUACAUGUCCCGAUCCUGAGUGCAAGACAGAAAUUAGAGUUCCAAGCUGUGGAGAUCUUAAGGAGCUUCCCACUAACUUCCACCUUUUAAACCUGAUAGAUGUCUUGGCCAUUAAAGAACACGAUAGUGUAGGAGUGAAAUGUGGAAACUGCGACAAAACAAGAAACCAGAGUUUGUACUGCUUCCAAUGCUGCUCAUUCUGGUGUAACGAGUGUAUCACUGGGCAUAAUAUCAUACGGGCUAACAAAGAACACCGUGUGUUGGCUCUCCAAGACUUUCAGGAUCACGACAUCGAGGAUGUUAAAAAGAGGCCUGCAUUUUGUCAAAUAGAGAAUCACAAGGCCGAAAAGUUAAAGUUCUUUUGCAAGAAAUGUGACGUUGCCAUUUGCCAAACGUGUAUAGGGGCAUUACAUGACGGCCAUCCCAAGGUACCUUUAGAGGAGACUGCAAACGGACUAAAGUCGAAGUUCGAGUCUGCAAUUAAAUUCCACCAUAAAAGCAUAAAGAAGAAUAUGUCUGACAUAGCAAUAAUCAAAAAGGAUUGUGGAAAGAUUCAAGAUCACUCCAAAGAAUUAAAGAGAAGAGCGGAGCGGUACGUCGAAGGCAUAAUCGCUGUUCUUGAAGAGAAGAAGCAGAAAAUAGUUGUUGACGUUGAUAAAAAAGUGGCAUUGUCAACUCAGCGUCUUGAGCAGGAAAAAGAUGAGAUUGAAUGCCAAGUAAAUACAAAACGUUUAGCACUUGACAAAACUGAGAAUCGUUUAAAACAAUACCCAGACGCAGAUAUAUUGCAACAAGAAACUUUUUUUGAAAAAUUGCUGCAACUUGAAGAAAAAUUUUGCCAUGACAACUCAGUUGCUACUAAUAAUGAACGAUUUUGCGAGAUAAAUUUCAGGGGAAAUCAAAACCUAUUCGAUAUUGUGAAAGCUGAACAAAUCGGUUCCCUUGAACAUGAAAGAACAGCAUCAGUCCCCAGCUCUGUUAAAAGUCAAAAUGCACUCAGAACAAGUAAUGUCGAAGACUGGCAAUCACAACAGCAACGCGAUAAAGAGCAGGAUGAUUCCUUCAUUUGCCAUGGUAAUGAUGGUGCGACGAAGGUUCCCGCGGCUCAAGAUGACAAUGAUCCUCGCUACAAAAUCAGCGAAUUAACCCCUGCUCACGUAAGGCCCAGCCAGUUUGAACUAGACUUUUGUUUUGGAGAAAAAGGUGCUUCGGACAGAAUGUUUAACUACCCCUGGGGUGUAGCAGUUAACAAACGUGACGAAUUAGCAGUUACAUAUCAUGGAGGCCGAGAUCAUGAGGUCGGGCGGGUUCAUGUAUUCACCAGCGAUGGCACACACUUACGAUCCUUUGGCGCGAAGGGUGUCAAACACGGAGAAUUUAACUGUCCCAGGGGCAUAAUUUUUGACAAGAAUGGAAAUAUCAUGGUCGUGGACAAUGGUAACCAUCGUGUUCAGUUGUUUAGUGAGCAGGAAAAUUCCAGGCUGAGAUAGCUCUUAAUUGCAACCAGCUGCAAGUGCUUGGGUGACGACACUUAACCCGCACAAGAAAACCAUUGCUUAUUUUUCUUAUCACUAAAAGAAAACAAAGUCACCACCAAAGCUUAUUACCAGGUGAACUAUUAAUUUUAUGGGGUUGUUAGAGUGGUUCUCAUAAACCUGUGAAAUAUAUUUUGUACUAUUACCCUCCAGUUUGUUCGUUUCCAUCUGGAGUUACAAGGCUUGUGUAAAUAUAAGGCACUAAACUAUCAAGGGAAGGUACUUCAAGAAGAAAUAAAUGUAUCUUGAGGCUGCCCUCUACCAUACAUGUACAAAUCGCUAGCGUGAGAAUCAAAUGUUUUGAACCCCAAACUACUAUUACAAUAGAUUGCAACAGCAAUACACCUUUAAUGUUGUUAAUAUGAAAUUGGUGUAGCAUUUGCCUAAGUUUUUAUGAAUUUAUUGGUUUAUCCUUCAACUGUUUCGUCUUGGUAUACCAGAUCGUUCCUCACAUAUGUAUAGACUGUAAACAGAGAGCUGAAAACAGUAUUUGUUAUGUAGUGUGAAGACCCUUUUCUGGGGAGGGGUGGGGGCGAGGUAGUGCCUCAAAGGCUCUGGUUGAAGAGGUGCAGUACUGAUAUCCCUCUAUAGCACUUUCUUGGUGAACAGCACCGGAGUAGCUCUCACUGUAAUCCAGUUGAUAAUCGGUAUCAAACACAUUUAAUGCUCAUAUAUUUUGAAUACGUAUGAUGCACGAUCCUUCGCAGUAGA